CAGCCAACCCUCUAAUAGUCCAUCUGGAGGCAAAUGAACCGAAGGUGAGGAGAACAUGAGAUAGAGAUAUGGGUAGGACACCUGUGGGCAAGCAUCGGACCACCAAGUAUGUGUUGACAGUUUUUGGUCUUUUGGGUACUUUUCUCAUCGCCGAUCUGCUCUGGGCUUCUUCCUCCUCCUCCUCCUCUACUUGGACUCUGCAAAAUUCCCAAAGUUUCGUCGUUUCAAAUCCUAAACGUAAUAAUGAUGCCACCAAACGCGCUUCAACUGAGGAGAAAUCUGAGCAAGAUAAACCUGGGAGGGUUUUGUCGGCAACCUUUGCUGACUUGCCAGCUCCUGAUUUGAAAUGGGAAAAGAUGGCACCAGCACCAGUGCCUCGUCUUGAUGGGGCAGCAAUACAAAUAAAAAAUCAUCUUUUUGUAUUCGCCGGCUAUGGAAACAUAGAUUCUGUUCAUUCUCAUGUUGAUGUGUACAAUUUCUCGGACAACACUUGGGGAGGAAGGUUUGACAUGCCAAAAGAAAUGGCACACUCACAUUUAGGCAUGGUGACUGACGGACGAUACAUUUAUAUUGUAACUGGACAGUAUGGUCCUCAAUGUAGAGGGCCUACAGCACAUACGUUCAUACUAGACACGGAGACAAAAAAGUGGCAGAGCAUGCCACCUUUGCCUGUCCCAAGGUAUGCACCUGCCACCCAACUUUGGAGAGGCAGGCUCCAUGUGAUGGGCGGGAGUAAGGAGAACAGGCAUACACCUGCACUUGAGCAUUGGAGCAUUGCUGUAAAGAAUGGAAAAGCUUUAGAAAAGGAAUGGCGAUCUGAAAUUCCCAUUCCCCGUGGUGGACCUCACAGGGCUUGUGUUGUGUUCAAUGACCAGCUGUAUGUUUUUGGUGGACAAGAAGGUGAUUUCAUGGCUAAACCUGGAUCUCCAAUAUUUAAAUGCUCCCGUCGGAAUGAGGUUGUAUAUAGUGAUGUAUACAUGCUAGAUGAUGAUAUGAAGUGGAAAAUGUUACCUCCUAUGCCAAAACCUGAUUCUCAUAUUGAGUUCGCUUGGACAAUUGUCAACAACUCUGUUAUCAUUGUUGGAGGUACCACGGAGAAGCAUCCUACAACCAAAAAGAUGACAUUAGUUGGAGAAAUAUUCCAGUUUCAGUUUGACAAACAGAAGUGGUCGGUGAUUGGAAAGCUCCCCUAUCGUGUGAAGACCACACUAGUCGGUUUUUGGGACGGAAUGUUGUAUUUCACAUCAGGGCAACGAGACAGGGGCCCCGAUAAUCCGGCACCCAGAAAAGUCAUUGGAGAGAUGUGGAGAACAAAGCUCAUUCUGCAAUGAAAAUGUUGGCAAAACUACCAACCUAACCUAUACAAUAUGUUGUAAUCAAUUCAAUGGCUUAAUUCUUUUUCAUUUGA